AUGCGGCUAAUUCGAAUAUUCGAUGAGCACAAGCAUAUGUUUGUCUCAUCGAAAAGCAUUCAAGACCAUGACAACCAAUCCCCACCAUCCAACUCCUGGAUCGAGCAUCUUCUAUUUAUCCUCCUCAUUGUCCCUUUAGCGCUGAGCAUUCUUCUGCUAUACAGUGAUGCCUCCAGUUGGCAUCUGCCAGACAACUUGUACGUUUUUGUGAAUACAAAUCGAACAUCAGUUCAGACAGCAGUCCAGAUUUUCGGUGCGAUCCUGGCAGCUAUUGAAGUCUUCGCACUCUGUCGCCUGAUCAACUUGACAACUCGAGUUAGAUUUACACAAACUCCAGUCUCCCUCAACGUGCUUGGAUUCUGGUCAGCACUAUCGACUCCCUCGACCAACUUCGGUCUGCCAUUCUGGAUGAUUACCAUCACAGUGCUUUUCGGCAAUCUUUCUGCUGUCAUAUCAGCACUAUGGACUGGUGCCUUGACACCCGCAGAUGCUAUCGGCACCCAACACUCUUCCUUGUUCAUUCCGGAUUGGUCCGACUUAAGUUUGAUCAAAGAAUACCCUGGCCAGAUCGACAAGACAGGGUUGACAAUUCGUGAGACAAAGGGUUACUUUACCUACUCGGUGGGUCUAGGCCUACUGGGCUCACUGUUAUCCUCCGUCAACUCCGCCUCCCCAAUCAACGGCGACGUUCGAAAUCACCCCAAACUCGAUAACACUCGAUACAAUUAUCACGGCCGGUCUUACGGAGUUGGCGCAAGCGCCGGCCUCUCUGACGACAACCUUGUCGCCAUACCUCACAUAAAAAACUACACCUUCAACGAAAUAGGUCUGGACGCCUCCGUUGAUUGCAUCUACAAUACUAGCUCGAUGUUUUUCAUUCAAGUCCUUCCGCAAACCAGUCUCCACGCAGCUCGCGGUUUCCUUCCCGACAGUAACCUCAGCGCACCCGAAUAUUCGGUCUAUAUCGGACGAGGCGACGAUGCAAUAGUUUCGUUGGGGGUGGCGGCGUCUCCAAUCGCAUACACUGCAAAGCGGUACAUGGCCAUCGCUGCAGGGAACUACUAUAAGAACCUGGAUAGAGUCCAGUGUGCUGUAACAUUUAACCCGGCCCUAUUUAAUGUUUCGGUCGAUAUUCAAGGACGGAACAUCAGCGUUAGCAAAGUGAACAGGUCCGAAUCAUCAGUGGGCCCAGUCCAUGAUAUCGAUCCCCAUCACAAUAUUACUCAUGUGGUCAUGCGACAACUCGAACUCAUCGCCAACGAUCUGACCAGUUACUAUCGCUCGACCCUUGGCGAUGCCUUCAAUGCUAGCAUUAGUGAUUAUCGCACCUCCGUCGCUGGUGGAAAUCUAAGCGAGACGCAGGUUGUGAUGAAGGGAAUGGAGAACGCAGUUACCUCCUUGGUUGACGAUAUUCUGGUUGCAUAUGCGUCAGCUCAAUUGGUCGUCGGGGAAUUCAAGAAGUCCACACCCGUAUUGGUCCAGGUCGCUGCGCUGCGCGUCGGAUCGCGGGCCUAUGUCAUUGCCAGUGCGGUGAUCACGGGAUUGAUUGCGCUUCUGGUUAUCGGGGAGGGCUUGCGAAUGCGAUGGUGGAAGGAUCUUCCUUCUUUUGAUUAUCAGGAUAAUCGAGCGUUGAUUGUGGGUGCAUCUAGGGGUGGGAAGGGUGUGGCGGAGUAUGCCGAGCAAGUGAAAUCUAAGGAUCUUGGUAGGGUCCCGGUGAUUUGGAGGAAGGGACAGGAAUCGUGGGAUCAUGGGGAAAUAGUUUUCCAGCCCAUGCUGGAUGACUCAAAAGAGGAUAUUGAGGAUACAGCAUCUGAUAGGACUUCAGUUGCUUGGAUAUGA